GCAGCUCUGCGGGGCCAGUACUCGCUUCGCUGGGUGAUAAGGGUGCGGAUUACUGCUGGGGUCUGCAGGUCCCUGAGCCCCACAGGGAAGGGGCUUCAGAGGAGAGUUCCUUCCUCCGUUUACGCCGCAGCUCUGCCAGAGAGCGCGUCCGCCCCAGCGAACUCCCGGCAGCGCCCCGGAAAGACCGUCCGCUCCGCGAGGGAAACCGAGCCGUUGACCAUGGUUGCCACUGGCAGUUUGAGCGGUAAGAACCCUGGCAGCACGUCCGAGUUGCUGGACCACGGCUUCCAGCCGGGGAACCUGCUAAACGAUUUUGACUACUGGGAUUAUGUUGUUCCUGAACCCAACCUCAAUGAGGUAAUAUUUGAGGAAACAACUUGCCAGAGUUUGGUUAAAAUGCUAGAGAACUGUCUGUCCAAAUCGAAGCAAACCAAACUAGGUUGCUCAAAAGUCCUUGUUCCUGAGAAACUGACCCAGAGAAUUGCUCAGGAUGUCCUUCGGCUCUCCUCCACGGAGCCCUGCGGCUUACGAGGUUGUGUCAUGCACGUGAACAUGGAAGUUGAAAAUGUAUGUAUAAAGCUGGAUAAGAUUGUGUGUGACUCUAGUGUGGUGCCCACUUUUGAGCUCACUCUCGUGUUUAAGCAGGAGAACUGCUCGUGGACCAGUUUGAGGGACUUUUUCUUUAGUCGAGGUCGCUUCUCAUCCAGCCUCCGACGAACUCUGAUCCUAAGCUCAGGAUUUCGACUUGUUAAGAAAAAGCUUUACUCCUUGAUUGGAACAACAGUCAUUGAAGAGUGCUAAAAGGGAAACAUUUAAAAAGGGAUUUUUUAUGAUUGGGUGAUAAAACUCUGCAGCUGCUCAGUUACGGUCAUUGUAGUUUUGCCCUGCCUGCUCUCAAAAAGAAACCCCAAAUCAAGUUCAUCCUCCCUGUGUGUUUCGUGUACACAGCAACCCCAACUGAAGGUCGUAUUUUGUGGCUUUUGAGAAAUGAUCGAAGAGAGUGUACAUUGUCUGCGUAUGUCACAUUUUUUAUGGAAUGGAAUGGAAUAAGGAAGAGAAGAAGCAGUCCACUUUAGUUUUAUGUUUGAUUCCCACAAACUUUUCCAGGUAGUCUUGCAAGUAGACUAUUAAACAAACUUAGUUUGAUUUUCAUAUGGCUUUUUUUCUGUAAGUUUUCAGAGUGAUUCUUUCAAUCACAUAAUCUCACUGAAUGAUGCUUAGUCCAUCCAAACUUCCAGAAGCCCACGUCAUCGAUUUGCUGCUACUACUCAAAUUUGAAGAAUUCUUAUACAGAAGGAUAGAAUUAAGUGGGUGAGCAUAAUUAAAACUUAACCUCAUGCAAAGUGAUUGAGAAAUAUCACAGGGAGAAGAAAACUAUUUCACUGUUUCUUUGCAUCCUCUGCACCCUUCUGUUUUGAAGAGGUGGCAGAAGCUCAAGCUGUCAUUUUAGUAACGACAAUAUUGUUUUAAAUAACUUUAUGAUACAAUAUAAGCUCAAUUUUUGUAGUUCUCAAGUAUUUAAUGUUAUCUUUAAACUAGAAACAUGGAAAAUAUUGAACUGUUUUUUUGCAUGUCGUUGAUUACUCUUCCCAUUGAGUGAAUGGUGAAUGCUUAUGGAAAUGGGAAACGAAUUCUCAGAUCCCGCUUCUUUCUCAUUCAUUUGGUAAUCUAGCUUCUUUUCACUAUUACAUGUGCUUAAUCCCAAAUGUACCCUUCCACCAGUCCUUGUUCUCUCUCAUCCCUAGCCUUUCCUGG